AUUUUUAUUUCACUGCAAGUUUUUUUUCUCGAUGUUGAGUGGAAUAUCAAAGCACCAUUUCGGUGCAUAUCCAGCCCUUCUUCUUCUAGUCAUCCUAGCCCGCCACCAGAGUUGCAGUGCUAUCAAGAACUGUGCUCCAUCUUCUUGUGGCAACAUCCAUAAUAUUAGCUACCCUUUUCGACUAAGUACCGAUCCCAAUAAUAGCUGCGGCAACAAAAAAUAUGAACUUACUUGUGAAAACAACCGCCCGGCUUUAUACUUGAAUAACGGUGUCAAAUAUUACGUUCAGGCAAUCCAUUACAGCAACCUCACGAUUCGACUUGUGGAUGCUGAUGUUCAGAAGGAUGAUUGCUUCUCUAUCCCUCGUCAUUCUUUAUUCAUAUAUGAUUAUUUUUUCGCCCAGAAGGAUUAUUAUCUUCCAUAUAAUCGUAACAGCUGGUUCAUUAACAAUAGUAUUUCCUAUAGAUUCUAUACAUCAAUUUUUGUUUUUAUGAGUUGCCCAAAUCCAAUUCUGAGUCCUCCAAACUAUAUUGUGGAUGCUUCUUCAUGCAAAAAUGGUAGUACACUUUUUAAUUCUGCGUCUAAUAUUUCUUCUCCGAGUUCCCACAAUAUGGAGGGUUAUUCCUAUGUCUUAAUUGUUCCUUCUUCUGUCUUAACUGAUUCUUAUUCCUUGAGGGACAUACCGGACUUGUGCCAUGUAAAUUUGAUGUAUCUCGCGUCUUCCACUUUUGAUCAGCCGAAAAAUUGGACCAAUAAUAUUUCCUAUAUAGAUGUACACGAUAGUAUUGUAUAUGGGUUUGAUCUUUCAUGGUCUGGGGUCUGUUGUGAUUUUGUGAAAGAGAGCCCCUGCAAACUUGAUGAAGCCAACAUAAGCCUGUAUUGCAAUGUAGGAUUAAGCGUUGCUCCAAUCCGAGCUGUAAUAGGUGUUCUGACUAAUAAUAUGCUCAGUUACCUUGUUGUAGGGCCGCUAAACAAGUAUUUUCGAGUUGGCGAUUGGAUAACAUAUCGAACCUCCAUUACUGUAGGGCAACCGCGAUUGGAAUUCCACUAUUAUAAAAACGGACCUAAUAAUAAUCUUUAUAGCAAGAAGACCAUCUCUUCGGAUACACUAAGCAUUUUCAUAGUUUUGCUCAUUACACUACUUGUGCUACUUGUGCUCAUCGGGAUAUAUCAUAUAUUAUUAUUUCCUUGUGGGCUUCCAUGUCUCAUAACCUUAUUGAUCUACAAAUGGCGAAGAAGGCAUUUAUCAAUGUAUGAUAACAUUGAAGAAUUCUUGCAAAGUCAUGAUCAUAAUCUCACGCUUAUAAGGUACUCUUACUCGGAGAUUAAGAAGAUAACUCAUGGAUUCAAUGAUAAGUUAGGUGAAGGAGGUUAUGGCUCGGUGUACAAAGGAAAGCUUCGUAGUGGCCGUUUUGCGGCUGUAAAAAUUUUGCGCAAAGAAAAGGCUAAUGGGCAAGAUUUUAUCAAUGAAGUUGCCACCAUUGGAAGAAUUCACCAUUGCAAUGUGGUGUUGCUCAUAGGCUUUACUGUUGAGGGCUCGAAGCGUGCUCUUAUAUAUGAGUUCAUGCCUAAUGGAUCUCUUGAAAAAUAUAUUUUUUCUAGGCAAGGUAGCAUACCGCUGAGCAACCAGAAAAUAUAUGAAAUUUCUCUUGGGGUGGCUCGUGGCAUUGAAUAUCUACAUGAAGGUUGUGACAUGCAGAUUUUGCAUUUUGACAUCAAGCCUCACAACAUUCUUCUCGAUGAAAAUUUCACUCCAAAAGUCUCAGAUUUUGGACUUGCAAAAUUGUAUCCAACUAAUAAUAGCAUUGUGUCCCUUACUAUGGCUAGAGGAACAAUGGGAUACAUGGCUCCUGAGUUAUUUUACAAAAGUAUCGGAGGCGUCUCUUACAAAGCCGAUGUCUAUAGUUUUGGGAUGUUAUUGAUGGAAAUGGUUGGGAGAAGGAAAAAUCUGAAUGCAUUAGCAGAUCAUUCAAGUCAGAUGUACUUCCCUUCAUGGAUUUAUGAUCAGGUUAAUAAAGGAAAGGAUAUACUUGAAGAUCAAGCGACAGAGCAUGAAAAGAACACAAUAAAAAAGAUGACUAUAGUGGCAUUAUGGUGCAUACAAUUGAAGCCUAUUGAUCGUCCCUCGAUGCAUAGAGUUGUACAGAUGCUUGAAGCGGAUCUUGAAUCUCUACAAAUGCCUCCUAAGCCUUUUCUCGUUCCACAACAGACAUCAAAUGAUGAUAGGAUCAAUAUGGCUAAUCCAACAAGUUUAAGAGAUUCAUCGAAUGUUUGUAGCAUCGAUUCUUCAUAUCAAUUUGGUCGUUGAUAGAAAUACUCAUGUAUAUUUGUUUAUUUAAGUAAUAUGUUAUUUUGUAUGCCUUAACUACCUGAAUUUUGAUCAUAAUCGUGUUUGUUAAAACUUGAAAUUAACUAGCUUACAAAGCAUCCAAUAUACACUAGUCAUGUAUCGUUCUCACAUUGAAAUAUGAAUUUCUAAAAUUACUUAA